UAGUAGUUGUUAGCCAUGUCUGGUCGAGGGAAGGGUGGAAAGGGUCUGGGGAAGGGGGGCGCCAAGCGUCAUCGUAAAGUUCUCCGCGAUAACAUCCAGGGCAUCACCAAGCCUGCUAUUCGCCGCCUGGCCCGGCGUGGUGGAGUGAAGCGUAUUUCUGGUCUCAUCUAUGAGGAGACUCGCGGGGUACUGAAGGUGUUUUUGGAGAAUGUCAUUCGCGAUGCUGUCACCUACACCGAGCACGCCAAGCGCAAGACUGUCACCGCCAUGGACGUGGUUUACGCGCUCAAACGCCAGGGACGCACUCUGUAUGGUUUCGGUGGCUAAGUUUCUACGCGGUCUUCGGCUGUAAAGCUCUUGUUUACUCACAAAAGGCCCUUCUCAGGGCCACCCACUUGGUCAUGUGAAGGGCUGUUAUCUAACACAAAGGAAAACCAAAGGUAAUAUUUGAUGCUUUAUAUUAAUACUGGGUGCCGAUUUUAAUUAAGGUAGUCGCUCUUUCUUUGUAGACCCCGGGUGUCGCGUUUUUUCAGUCUUUUUUCC